AUGGCUGGCGUAGCACGGACAGCGAGGCCAACGACGUCUAUGACGAUGAUGGCGCGGCGUGCGUGCUCCCGGCGUUUGGCGGUGGUUGCUGUUGGCGGCAAUCCCAUCAUAAAGGGCUUCGGCAUCAGGGUGGUGCCGGGGAUCACUUUGAGCCCGACCCUUUACGGGAGGAGGAGCUUCUCGCACUCCGGGCAUUGGAGGUCAGCAGCCAUACCUCGGGCCGAUAGGGGAGGAUCGAAGCUGUGGGAGAGUGCGGCAGAUGCGGUGGCCGACAUAAGGAGCGGAUCCGUUAUACUCAGCUCGGGGUUUGGGUUAUGCGGUGUCGCGUCGACCUUGAUCGGGGCGCUUCGAAACCGGGGACCCGAAUCCCUUCACUCGCUCACUGCCGUGUCCAACAACGCGGGAGCCGAAGGGCGCGGAGGGCUCGCUCUCCUGACUGAGAACGGGCAGGUGGACCGCAUGAUCAUGUCGUUCCUGGGGCCCAACAAGAAGCUCGAGAAGCAGUACCUCACGGGAAAGAUUGCGGUCGAGCUUUGCCCCCAGGGAACACUGGCUGAAAGGAUACGGGCGGCGGGGAGCGGCAUUCCCGCCUUCUUCACCCCUACGGGCGGGAACACACUCGUGCAAGAGGGCGCAAUCCCUGCCCGAUUCGAUGCUAACGGCAACGUGGUUGAGUACGGCAAACCCCGAGAGACGAGGAUAUUUGACGGACGCCGGUAUUUGAUGGAGACGGCGCUGCAUGGCGACGUGGCCAUCCUUCGGGCGUGGAAGGUUGACAAGGCGGGCAACUGUGUGUUCCGAUCGGCGAGAUCGACCCCUAACGAUGUCGACCUUCCGGGAAUAUUCAUCGACCGCAUCGUGCCGGCCACGGAAUCGUCGUUGGUCGAGAUUCUGAAGACUCGGUCUACCGGGGAGAGUGGGGAGACCAAGACAAAGGGGGAUGCUCAAAUCCGGAGAGACCGUAUCGCGAGGCGGGCGGCGAAGGAACUCAAGGACGGGUUUUACGUGAACCUUGGAGUUGGUAUCCCCACCAUGGCGCCCUCCUUCCUCCCCUCAGGCCAGCAAGUCUGGAUCCAGUCCGAGAACGGCAUUCUUGGGAUGGGCGACUACCCGCUCCCCGAAGACGUUGACCCAGACAUCAUCAACGCCGGCAAAGAGACCACGACGCUCGUCCCGGGCGCGGCCACCUUCGACUCGUCCGAGUCCUUCAGCAUGAUCCGCGGCGGGCACGUCGACGUGUCCAUCCUGGGCGCCCUGCAGGUCAGCGCCGCCGGCGACCUGGCCAACUACAUGAUCCCCGGCAAGGUGUUCAAGGGCAUGGGCGGCGCCAUGGAUCUUGUAUCGAACCCGGACAACACCAAGAUCGUCGUCGCAACCGAGCACGUCGCCAAGGAUGGCUCGAGCAAAAUCGUGCAGACGUGCAGCCUACCUUUGACGGGGGCGCGGGUGGUGAGCACGAUUAUUACGGAUCUGUGCGUUUUCGAGGUUGAUCGGAAGCGUGGGACGCUGACACUGACGGAGGUUGCGCCGGGGGUGAAAGUAGAGGAGGUCAAGAGCAAGACAGAGGCGGCGUUUACGGUGGCAGAGGAUUUGAAGGCUAUGGAAUGA